AUGUCCGCUACCAACACCACCACCACCACCACUCCCACUCCCAACGCCAUCCCCAUCAAAACCAUCAUCCCCUCCCACUACAAAACCCUCAACCUCCCACCCACUUGCUCUGGGAAAAAGUACGAUAUCACGCUUGCCAAAGAAGGGGAUAGGGAGAUGGGAGAGAAGUUGGGGCGGGAGUUGAAGACAAAGGGGGAGAAGGCGGUUGUGAGGAAUGUAAAUUUGAAGGGGGAGGAGGUACAUGAGGGGUGGGGAGAGGAGAGGGUGGUGAAGUGGACGGUGAGACCGAGGGGGCCGAGGGUUAGGGGGACUAAUGUUUAG